AUGGAGAGCUGCACCCAAUUUUGCGCACGCCUCCAUAAGCUGGCCGCUCGAACCGGAUCUACGCCAUCCCGCGAUGAGCUCGACUCCCUCCUCAGCCACUGGAAGUCCGAUCUGCCGCAUGGUCUGGCUCUGGGCACCUUCCAAGAGCUUCAAUCUAGAUCAUGCCCCUUUUGUCAACUCGCCCUGGCCGCAAUCACACAUACAGUGGCCGAUGUCAAGCGAAUCGCCACCGACCAACCUAUCGAUGUGGUCCUAUUUCCGGAAGAGACAGGAUUCCGCUUGUCAUUUCCAUCUCGGCUUGGGACGCAGCUCCUGUUUGUCGCAUCUAAUGAAAGUCAAGUAGCGAGCCCCGAUUGUGCCAGGGUCAUCGACUCUUCUCACAUAUCGCCAGGAACGAUAUCCAGAUGGCUGCAUAAAUGUCAUAGUAAUCACGCCAAUUGUGUCCGGCCAGCAAUGCUAAGCACAGAAGAUGACUCUCCCUCGGGAGGGUAUUUUCGUGAGGAAGAUACAUCUAACUUUCGAGUCCUGGAUCUCGAGGCGCGUUGUAUCAAAAGAGUUGCACUGCAUGCUAGAUACGUUACCCUCAGUUACGUUUGGGGCCAGAUUCCCAUGUUUCAACUGCAGAGAGGAAAUGUAAAGGCACUGGAAACACCAGGCGGUCUAGAUUUGGUUCUUUCGGGCCUGCCGAGAACAGUGCAAAAUGCAAUCGACCUCGUCAAAUCGAUUGGCGAAAGAUACCUCUGGAUAGAUGCACUGUGUCUGGUCCAGGAUGACAUACGGGAUGUCAACAUUGGCAUAGAACUCAUGAACUCAAUCUACCAAGGCUCAUAUUUCACACUUGUGGCCGCGACUGGUGCGGACAGCAAUGCCGGACUGCCCGGAUUCCAAGAUGCUCGGGCCUCAGGUUUUCAGAUUGUCAAGGAGCUGGUGCCGGGGGGCAUGCGCCUGGCUGUUGUUCACAGUAUCGACUGGCACAUCGAAAAGUCAAUCUACAGCUCACGAGGAUGGACGAUGCAAGAACUGGUUCUUCCUCGACGCACUGUCAUAUUCAUCAACAAUCAAGUGUACUUCCGCUGCCACGAGGCAAAUUGGAGCGAAGAGAUUUGGUCGGACAAAUUUACGAGCUGGCUUGACCCUGAUGACAGCAAUAUUAGCCGUAUCCCGCAGAUUGAUGAAGGAAGAGUUUUCUCUUUAUGGGUAUAUCAGAAGCUUUGCGAAGAUUACUCUCGGAGGAUCUUACGCAAUGAUGGGGACGCUCUUCGAGCAGUUGCUGGCAUUAGUCGCCCAUUGUUUGCAGGAAUGAGAACAAUUGGAAUCGAGGGACUGCCCGCAUAUUUUCUUGAUAUGUUUCUCCUAUUCGUAUCCCCCGAGAGUCGCCUCAGGCGUCGCCCUGAGUUUGCGAGCUUCUCAUGGGCUGGAUGGGAAGGCAAGAUCCUCUGGCCACGUGAGAAUUACGUGGCGUACGACGAGAGUGGUAACAGUUUCUGGAACCCUGAGAACAUCGCCAAGUAUUUUGCAACCAGCAGGUUGAUAGAAUGGGCUGUGUGGCCGAGAAGCCAGCGUCUAAGAAAGUUUUCACGUGUUGAGCCUGGGAAACAGACUCCGUUGGGGAUGCUUCUUCAACAGUUUCCAUUACUCUUCCCUCAUGAACAAAUCUCAGAAGAAUCUAGUUUGAUCAGCUCUGUAGAGUUGGAUUACUCCUAUGACCCCGACCUCCUUGGCUAUGACGAAACGAACAUUGACUUUCCUUGGUUAGAUUUGGACAGGGCAAAGACAAUUUUCCCUGGUAGAGGGGAAGUGAAAGAACAAGAGACAACGAUCGAAGGCGGUAACAAGACUAGACUCAUUAGAAAGGCACUCCAGUCCGUCAAUAGUCAAGCCGAGUACAACCAGCUGGUGGCAAAGUUCUCAACGACCCAACACAGUACAGAAAUAAAGUACUUACGAAACUGGUUAGCAUCUCGUCAAUGGAAAAUACGUAAAUUCCACCAACAAGUUGAGUCAAGUUCUCAGCAAAGCAUCCCAUUUUCAACCGCCUCUACCUGGCAGAAAGAGCACUACUUUUUCCGAGAGCCCAGGCAUUCGAUCCACUCUGAUGAAAAUGCCAAGAUGCAGCGAGAUGAUACGAGGGUAGCAUCAAUUAAGACCUAUUCUGCUCAAUCCAAACUCUCAUUACCCGGAUAUACCCAAACAAGCGACAUACCAAUACAGUUCGUCAGAUACACAAAGUCAUAUUAUAACCUUCCACCUUAUUGUAUCCUUUACUUUCAGUCCGUCGUUUUCAACUUAGCGUUCGGUGAGAGGCCAACUAGUUGGGCAACAGAUCAUCCAUCAAAGGCAGACGCAAUGCCAGCUGAUUCGCAUGCAAUCGAUGAUAUUCCACUUCACUCAGCCAGUGGCACACUAGUUGGCUCUCUUCAUCCAGAUCAUCUGGACUUUGUGGGUUCGGUGGGGGAAAAGGUGCAGUUAGUGGUUGUAGCACGGUGUCAGACUCUAACCAGUAAAUCUGCACUUUGGCAGUCCAGCCUCAUAUGUGACCCAUCCGGGAAAGCACUUGGAGGACCUUGGGAUUUGCUUUGGGUUAUGUCAAUAACUUGGGUCGACGGGAUCGCCGAGCGCAGAGGGAUUGGGCAAGUACUGACUCAGUCCCUGGCUGAUUCAAUAGAGCCUGGGCCUGAAGUGAAGGAGAUUCUAUUAGGUUAA